GGUCACUCCGCUCUGGACUGGGAUUCGAACUUGGAGACGCUCCGCGGUGGGAAACGAUGCCCAGUUCAUCUUUUUAACGCGUUUAAAUGGAGAAGAAGUCCAAGAUGCUGCUGCCGCUGCUGCUGCUGCUGCUCGGUUUCAGCGCGGGUGUCCUGGGACAGCUGGAGGACUCCCAGUUUGAAGAUGAUGUUGAUCUGGCAGACUUUGAUUUAAACAUUGCGCCGCGCAGGGUCCCUCGCCAGGUGAAAACUGUAAUAACAAAGGAGACCAAACCUCACAUCCAGGAACUCUCCAUCAAGACCACGAUCAUCUCCCGCUACGCUUUCACUGCGGUGUACUGCGCCUUGCUCAACCGACACUCCGCCGCUAGUGAGGGUGUCUUCCAGUUUCAAAUCCCCGCUAAUGCCUACGUGUCCAACUUCACCAUGAUCAUUGGGGGGCGCGUCUACCAGAGCGAGGUGAAGCCAAAGGAGAAGAGGAUCAAACAGGAAAAAGGCAAACCUGAGAAGAAGGAGCCAGGUGACACAAGCUCAGACCCGGAGGUGGAGGUGUUCAGAAUGGCAGCUAAAAUUCCUGGUCGAAACCGGGCCGUUUUCCUUCUGACGUAUGAGGAGCUUCUGCAGCGCCGGCUGGGGCGUUACGAACACGUGACCAGCCUGCGGCCCAUGCAGCUGGUCAGCCGCCUCAGCCUGGACGUCACUAUCGUCGACCAUUCCCCCAUCACUGACCUGGAGGUGCUGCCACUCCGCAACAGCAAGAGCAACGGCAAGAGCAAUGGCGCUGCCAACACUGCAACUGCUCCAAACACACCAGCCAAGCCCAAGCUUCCCAUCACCACUGUGAUCAAAAACGAAAAGAACGUCUGCCAGAUCACCUUCAGCCCCAACAUCACCCAGCAGGCAAAGAUCACCACCAGCGGCAUCCUGGGAGACUUCGUGGUCCGCUACGAUGUUCAGAGAGACACGGGGAUCGGAGACAUCCAGGUUUUAAACGGCCAUUUCGUGCACUACUUUGCCCCCAAAGACCUCCCUGCUGUGCCCAAGAACGUGGUGUUUGUGAUUGAUACCAGCGCCUCCAUGUUGGGGACUAAGAUCAGACAGACUAAAGAUGCCCUGUUCACCAUCCUGAGGGACCUGAGGCCCGGCGAUAACUUUAACUUCGUCAGCUUCUCCAAUAAGAUCAAAGUUUGGCAGCCGAAUGGUCUCGUGCCAGUGACCCCCCUCAAUAUCAGAGAUGCCAAGAAGUUUAUUUACAUGCUGAUGCCCACUGGAGGCACCAACAUCGAUGGCGCCAUCCGAACUGGCUCCUCUCUGCUUCGUGAGUACCUCUCGGGCCCUGACAGCAGCCCGAACAGCGUCUCGCUCAUUAUUUUCCUGACAGAUGGGCGACCCACUGUCGGAGAGAUCCAGUCCGCGGCGAUCCUAGGGAACACUCGUUCAGCUGUGCAGGAAAAGUUCUGCAUCUUCACAAUUGGGAUUGGUAAUGAUGUGGAUUACCGACUGCUGGAGCGCAUGGCUCUGGAAAACUGCGGGAUGAUGAGACGCAUCAAUGAGGAGGCUGAUGCCAGCGCCAUGCUCAAAGGGUUCUAUAAUGAAAUAGGAACUCCUCUGCUGUCUGACAUAAGAAUCAACUACACUGAAAACUCAGUCCAGUACGUCACUCAGAAUCUCUUCACCAACUACUUCAAUGGCUCUGAGAUUGUCAUUGCUGGGAAGCUCAUAAAUGAAAGUGCAGAAUCCCUCCAUGUCCAGGUCACUGCCAGCAACAAUGACAAGAGCAUUAUCCUUGAGACCGAUGUUCCACUGAGACGCCGACGGAUAGAUACCGAGAAGCAUGUGAAGGUAGCCACUGCUGCAAUGGCGGCCGGAGUCAAAGCCCUGGGGUCCGAUGCAACACAGAAAUUAGGAGUCGCUUUGGGUUCAGUAGCAGAAGACUUCGUGGAACGUGUGUGGGGUUUCUUAAGCAUCAAGGAGGGACUGCGGUCACGGCUGCGCAGCCAAACCAGCAAGGAGAGGGAAGAUCAUACUCAACAGGCAGCCAACCUAUCUAUGACCUAUCACUUCUUCACUCCUGUCACCAACAUGGUGGUGGAGAAGCCUGAAGUCCUGGCUGAUGGCACCAUGGCCCCAGCACCCACCAUCACGCCAGAAGCUGGCGAGGAUGCUUCACCUGCCAAUGAACUGCCAGAUGACACAGAUGACAGAAAGCCACAGACGCCUGAUGGGAAACUUGUCAACCAGGCUUUAUCACUGAGCAAUGCAAUCGGUAAAGCUGAGAGGAGACCAGCCAAGAAAUCCAUCACCUUCUCCAAGACAUCGGCGGAUGGUGAUCCCCAUUUUGUGGUUGAGUUCCCCCUCAGUAAACUGACUGUUUGCUUCAACAUCAACGGUGAGCCAGGACACAUCCUUGGCCUGGUCUCUGACCACAAGGACUCUGGUGUGACAGUCAACGGUAAGCUCAUUGGGGCCCCAGCUCCACCAGGCAGUCACAAGCAGCAGCGUACUUACUUCAGCACUAUCACCAUUGUGGUGGAUAAACCCAAGCGUGCCUACAUCGAGGUGACCCCUAAGAAAGUUAUUCUGGAUGGACGAGACCGCAUCGUUCUGCCCUGCCACUCCACUGUGUCUGUGGACAGUGGGGUGCUGUCAGUGGCCAUUGUGGGAAAGUCUAACGUGACCGUGACUGUCAGAGAGAACAUCAGCUUCGUAAUCCUGCUGCACCAGUACAAGAACCCAGCGCCCUACCAGAGAGACCACCUGGGGUUCUACAUCAGUAACAGCAAGGGACUGUCACACAGCUGCCAUGGGCUGUUAGGUCAGUUCCUGCAUGAGGAAGUGGGAUUGGCAGAGCUUCCCGCACAGGGAGACACAAAGCCCUCCGCGGUCCUGAAGGUGAAGAACCGCUCAGUGCCGGUAGUGCAGAAAAGUAGGAGGAUCUACAGCGGGACGCAGAGCGUGGACUGCUGGUUCGCCCGGAACAAUGCUGCCAAGCUGAUAGACGGAGAGUACCAGGACUAUUUGAUGUCACACAUGUUCGACACAGGAGACUGGCCACAUGGGACAAACAGGGUGUGAGAUGUGUAGCUUCAGCAUUUAAUUACUUGACUAAACUCCUUUUAAACAUAAUUAUCACAUCCAAAUAGUCCUAAAAGGCUCCACACAUCAAGUAUUUUUCUUCCUUCAGGUCCCUUUUGAAUAUAUUUUUAUUAUU